AUGUAUGUAUGUAUCUAUCAACUUGAGUUGGUUUAUCUAUCUAUCUAUCUAUCUAUCUAUCUAUCUAUCUAUCUUCAUCAGUUGAUUUAUGUAUGUAUGUAUGUAUGUAUGUAUCUAUCUAUCUAUCUAUCUAUCUAUCUAUCUAUCUACUUCAGCUGGUUUCUUUCUCUCUCUCUAUCUCUCUAUCUAUCUAUCUUCAUCAUUGGUUUAUCUAUCUAUCUUCAUCAGUUGAUCUAUCUAUCUAUCUAUCUAUCUAUCUAUCUAUCUAUCUAUCUAUCUAUCUAUCUAUCUUCAUCAGUUGAUUUCUUUAUGUCUGUCUGUCUGUCUGUCUGUAUGUAUGUGUAUCUAUCAACUUCAGUUGGUUUAUCUAUCUAUCUAUCUAUCUAUCUAUCUACUUCAAUCUUUUCUUAUCUAUUUCUAUCCAUCUAUCUAUCUAUCUAUCUAUCUAUCUAUCUAUCUAUAUAUAUAUAUAUAUAUAUAUAUAUAUAUAUAUAUAUAUAUAUCUACUUCAGUUGGUUUCUUUAUCUAUCUAUCUGA